UAACUUCCCGUGGUGCUCGUUAGAAAGUUACUUGCAGAGGGGAAUUUGAGUCCUAGGGUGGGAGGCGGAGGGCCUCGCCAGGUGCCGCUUGGAGCUUUAGUGCAGAGCCUGGGCCAGAGCCUAGAGCUCCUCAAGGCGUACCAGGGCCUUUCCUCCCACGGGUGGAGCAUUAGGAGGAGCCUGAGCUCCGGAGUCAGUCUGGCCGGGUGUGCUCCGUAUUGCUGUGUUACCGUGGGCAAAUCACUUUUCCUCUCUGGUUAUCAGUUUUCUCCUCUGUAAAAUGGGCACGCUGGCUGAAGAUGAGAUGGUGAAUGUGAAGAGCAUAGUAGGUGCACAUUGACUCUGGAGAGUGGUGAAUCAGAAGUGACCUCAGACAGCGGGCGGCUUGGGCCAUGGCCUCCGACCUGGACUUCUCACCUCCUGAGGUGCCUGAGCCCACUUUCCUGGAGAACCUGCUGCGGUACGGACUCUUCCUGGGGGCCAUCUUCCAGCUCAUCUGUGUGCUGGCCAUCAUCGUACCCAUCCCCAAGUCCCACGAGGCGGAGGCAGAACCGUCUGAGCCCAGAAGUGCUGAGGUAACGAGGAAGCCCAAGGCGACUGUUCCUUCCACAAACAAGAGGCCCAAGAAGGAGACCAAGAAGAAGCGGUAGAAGAGGAGGCCUGAGGAACCAGGCGGGCAGGCAGGCGCGUGGGGCCGGCCCUCCAGGAAUCAGCCUCUCCCGCUCCUUCUCUCCGUCCCAGGCUCAGGGCCAGAGAUGGCUGCGACACCCUCUGACCACAGGGAUCUGGACAGUCAUGACAGUCCCCAGGCUCCCGUGGGGCAGACCACUGCUCCCUCUUCCUUCUGCUUCCAUGAUGGUUUAGUAGAGUCAAGGGGACCGAGACAUGCUGUGAGCAAAACUCUGUUAGGAGGUUUGUUCAGAAGUCAGGUCAGCUCACAGAGUCACGUUUUCUCACUUAAUCAUGGUGUCCAGCCUUUAGUCACCCCCUUGUGGGUUUACACUACAUUUUGGAAUCAUUAUCUAACCCCGACAAGCACGCCCUCUCCCAUCACGUGUGUGCUGCAGCUCUCCUGCCAGUCAGUCACCUUCGUCUCUGCUCGUGCGGAUGGAGCCAGGCCUCACCUGUUGGUCCAGGUCAAGAUGCCAUGGCCACACAGUGCUAGUGAUCCCACCAGCUGUGACAGCCAGGUCUGAACAAGGCUGGCGUGAGAGCCUGGAGAAGGCCUGGGCCAGGGCGAUGCCUGUUUCUCCUCCAGCAGGUGGAAGGGAUUUGGCUGGAUGAGUGCGUGUCUCUUGGGCACAAACCUUCGAGCCUCUGAAACGAGAGGCUUGUCAGUUUCAGACCAGCCCCUUCCAGCCCGUCCCAGCGUGUUCAAGGUGUGCCUUUUGACUUCCACCUCUGCAUCCCCCCCCAAGUCUUUUAUUCCCUGCCCAGUGAGGAGAAGUUACUGGGGGAGAAAGGGUCAA